CAGAGAAUAGAAGCUGUCACAAAUUUUCAAUUAUUGCCACAAAACCGGCAGUUCGAACCCAAAAUUGACUGCGGUUUGUUGACGUUAUUUUUACUGUAGCUACGCAACAGUAGCGUCAUUGUUCAAUCUGCAAUGCACAUUCCUCCCUCCGAUUCCAGUUCGCAGUGUUCAAAGCAAGUCUUGUCACCAGUCUGGUGGAUGGUAAUGGUAUUUACCUGUUUUGCAUCAAAAACUUUAUCAAUUGGUAAAUACGGAAUCCUGAUGGCAUCUUUACAUCAAAAGUGUGCAGUGGGAUUAUACCCAAAGACCGAGGUUCAACGUUCUGUCAAGCAUGUGGACUGGGCUAUUCCAGAUGAAGGCUACUCUCCAAUAGAUUACACUGCCCCUAGCAUCCUCAAGCAACCACCUUAUGCUGACAAAUUACCCGACGCUGCCGACUUUUCUCCUGCAUGGAAUGCUCUGGACGGACAAGUAGACCGGCGUUCUCAUGAAGCUCCUUAUGCCAUUGUUGAUGGACUCCCUCGUAACCCUCACGGCCGCACUGGAGUUCGUGGCCGUGGUCUGCUUGGCAGGUGGGGACCCAACCACGCCGCUGAUCCCAUCGUCACCCGCUGGAAGCGGUCGCCGACAGGGGACAAGAUCAUGAACGAAAGCAGCGGCCUGCCAGUUCUGGAAUUUGUGUGCAUUCUACGUGGUGACGGCGGGGGCUGGGCCAUUCCUGGGGGCAUGGUCGACCCUGGCGAGGUGGUGUCGGCGACGUUGAGGCGGGAGUUUCUUGAGGAAGCUCUGAACGCCAACGAUCUCAGCCCCGAGGAGCGUCAGCUCAGAACACAGCAGAUCUCCGAGCUCUUUAAUAAAGGAGUUGAAGUGUUCAGCGGCUACGUGGACGACCCUCGCAACACGGACAAUGCUUGGAUGGAGACCGUCGCCCAGAACUUCCAUUGUCACGCUUAUGAUGAUGAUCCAGGAAGAACGUUGGUGCUUCGAUCCAGAUGUCAGUAG